AUGAGCGCGACAGUCAGACUCUUAGCCGGCAAGACUGCGGCCAUCACUGGUGGUACAACAGGCAUUGGCCGCGCCAUCACAAUUGAGUACCUUCGUCAAGGUGCAAACGUUGCUAUCAACCACCUGGGACUCUCUAAAGAUGAACCGCUUCGAAAGAGCCUGAUCGAAGUGGCGAAACGUUUGAGAAGAGAAGCCCCCGAAGGGGCGCCGACUGGUCAGCUCCUCGAAUUGGCAGGUGACAUCACAGAGCCGCAGACGAGCGAGCGGCUUGUUGCUCAAGCGGUUGAGAAAUGGGGACAAUUGGAUAUUUUUGUAGCCAAUGCUGGCAUUUUUGAAGCCUGCAGCUUCCUCGACAUCGACAAGCAAAUGUUUGACACGUCUAUUAAAGUCAAUAUCAACGGAGCUUUCUACGCCUGCCAAACAGCAGCCAGACAAAUGGUAAAGCAAGGCAAAGGAGGUUCCAUCAUCGGUAUCUCCUCUAUCAGCGCGCUUCUCGGCGGUGGGCAACAGGUUCAUUACACUCCUACAAAGGCGGCUCUCCUCUCCAUGACACAAUCUAUGGCGAUUGCGCUGGCAAAAGAUAAGAUCAGGGUCAAUGCUCUGUUGCCAGGAACAAUUCACACUCAAUUGGCCGAUAAGGACAUGGCAAACGAGGAGAAGCGUAAGUAUUUGGAACAUCGAAUCCCUUGGGGCCGGGUAGGAAGGCCUGAGGACUUGGCUGGACCAGCCGUUUUUCUUGCUGCAGACCAAAUGAGUGGGUUUGUGACUGGAGCUCAGCUUCUAGUAGACGGUGGCAUGUACGUCCAUCUUCAAUAG